UGCUCAAAUAGUCUCGAGCUCCUGUCAGAUCCAACCAUUUCGUACGCUCAAAGUCCCCCAUAGGGCUUGAUUGUAGCCCAUCCUGGAAUUUCUCGGCCUUCGCUCGCUCUUCAUCUACUCGUUCAUCGUGCUGUUUGCCGUCCUCGUUCGCGAAUCCUCUUUCACCCGUUUCCUGUCUCAUACCGCAACGCAGUUGAGAUUGCUCACAUAUAGCUCGACUGCUGCCAACAUGCCAGGUCUAACUGUACCAGCCCUUCCAAAGAACCGGGACGAAUGGCUCACCGCCCUCGACGCUCUGCCGUCCAAUGCAUCUUCAUCCCGCAUCCCGUCAUUCUUCUUCGCCCACGGAAGUCCCAUGCUCGCGUUCCCCGAUGACGAGCCUACCAGGUUUGGUGAUAACACACAAGAGCCUGCGCUACAUAUGGGGCCUCGUGGACCCUUGGCUGCGUUCUUGAAGGAUUUCGGACCUGCCCUGUUGAAGAAGUAUAACCCCAAGGCUAUUGUGGUGUUCAGUGCGCAUUGGGAGACGCGAGGGGAAACUCUCGUGACUGACUAUGGAGACCGCAAUCCUCUGUUUUACGACUACUACGGCUUUCCGAAGAGUCUCUACGAGCUCGCUUUCAAUUCCAGAGGAGACAAGGCACUCGCCAAUCACAUUGUCGAUCUCCUUAAACAUGCUGGACUCCUCGCCAGACUGACCACCACCCUCGAACCGCGCGGACAGGAUGGUCUCGGACGCUCUGCCGCAGGUUUCGACCACGGUAUUUUCGUGCCCUUUAGGCUCAUGUUCGGCGAGGAACUGCGCGACAUUCCAAUUGUCCAGAUCUCCAUAGAUGGUUCACUCAGCCCCGAGAAGAACUGGCAGCUCGGUAAGGCCGUCGCCCAACUCCGUGAAGAGGGUGUACUCGUGUUGUCUGGUGGACUCACGAUGCACAACCUACGUGACUUCAGCUCCUUCGCCCCAUCCACUGCUGGACCCGGCCACAAAUCCUUCAGCGAUGCCGUGACUUCGGCUAUCUCCAUCUCUGAUCCCAAAGCUCGCAAGGAGGCCUUGGUCGCGCUCCCCAAGCAUCAAGCCUUCCGCGCCGCCCACCCAAGGGAAGAACACUUCGUGCCGAUCUACGUCGCCGCUGGCGCAGGUGAAGAAGGCGAUGUUAGGGUCCUCUCGGCGGUUUAUGGCCAGCAUACUGUCGCGUUUGGGCUGUGAGGUUGGAGGUGGAGAGAUGGCCGGCUCGCGAUGGCGCGGUACCAUGGUUCGGACGAUAUCUGUAUCUGUGACAAUGCAAUCUAUGUAUUGGUUUUCUAGGUUUUUUUUUUGUCUACGUCUUCGUGCGAUUUUUACUCGUGAAUGACUAUCAGAGCUCUU